GGCGUGUGGAGUGACCUGACAGGAGCGGCACGGGGAGGGCUGAGGAAGAGACUCCGUCCCAGGAGCUAGCACGGGAGCGAGAAUCUUGAUGCCAUCCCGCUAAGCCAGCAGUCACCCUGGGACAGUGGUUGUGCCGCGUGGAUGAACCGGCCCCUCCGGUGGCGCUUUUCAAGUGGAGAGGAUGUGGAUGCGUGACUUCUCGCCUUACAACUGAAAUUCCGAUAAAAACCAUUAUACUUCCCCUAGGUGACUCUGAAUUUUCCAGCUGCAGAAUGUGUAGGGCCUUUAAAGAUUGGCAAUGAUGAGUAAACUGGAAUUAAAGGAAGACAGGAUGCUGGAGGUUCAGUUUGUGGGAGAUGAUGAUGUCCUUAAUCACAUUCUUGAUAGAGAAGCAGAUGUUCUUACAGGAGCUAAAUUAAAAAAGGAGAGAACUCAGCUUUUGGUCAACACAAAAAAAAUAAUAAAGAAGCCAGAAUAUGAUUUGGAAGAAGAUGACCAAGAAGUCUUAAAAGAUCAGAACUAUGUAGAAGUUUUAGGACGAGAUAUUCAAGAAUCCUUGAAAAAUGGCUCUGCUGCAGAUGGUGGGAAUAAAGUUUAUUCUUUUCAGAAUAGAAAACACUCUGAAAAGAUGGCUAAAUUAGCUUCAGAACUAGCAAAAACACCAAGAAAAAAUGUUUCGUUGAGUUUGAAGAAUGAUCCUGAAAUUAUAAACAUUCCUCAGUGUAGCAAGGGGCAUUCUGCUUCAGACAACGUUCAGUUGAAGAACAAUGAUAAAAGUGAAUUUCUAUCAACAGCACCUAGUGGUCUAAAGAAAAGAUUAAUAGUUCCGAGGUCUCAUUCUGACAGUGAAAGUGAAUAUUCUACUUCCAACUCAGAAGAUGAUGAUGGGGUUGCACAAGAAAAUGAAGAGGACACUAAUGAAGUCAUAUUGAACCAAAAGAUUCCAUCACAGAAUAGAGCUGUUUCAGCUCCUGUUUGCAAAGAAACACCUUCUAAGAAAAUGAAAAGAGAUAAAACAAGUGAUUUGGUAGAAGAAUAUUUUGAAGCUCAUAGCAGUUCAAAAGUUUUAACCUCUGACAGAACACUGCAGAAACUAAAGCGAGCUAAACUGGAUCAGCAAACUUUGCGUAACUUGUUGAGCAAAGUUUCUCCUUCCUUUUCUGCUGAACUUAAACAACUAAGUCAACAAUAUGAACAAUUAUUUCAUAAAUGGAUGUUGCAGUUACGCCUGGGGUUCAACAUUGUGCUUUAUGGUUUGGGUUCUAAGAGAGAUUUACUAGAAAGGUUUCGAACCACUGUGCUGCAAGAUUCCAUUCAUGUUGUCAUCAAUGGCUUCUUUCCUGGAAUAAGUGUGAAAUCAAUCCUGAAUUCUAUAACAGAAGAAGUCCUCAAUCAUAUGGGUACUUUCCGCAGUGUACUGGACCAGCUAGACUGGAUAGUAAACAAAUUUAAAGAAGAUUCUUCUUUAGAACUCUUCCUUCUCAUCCACAACUUGGAUAGCCAGAUGUUGAGAGGAGACAAAAGCCAGCAAAUUAUCGGACAGUUGUCGUCUUUACGUAACAUAUACCUUAUAGCAUCUAUCGAUCACCUCAAUGCUCCUCUCAUGUGGGAUCAUGCAAAGCAGAGCCUUUAUAACUGGCUCUGGUAUGAAACUACUACAUAUAGUCCUUAUACUGAAGAAACCUCCUAUGAGAAUUCACUUCUGGUUAAACAAUCUGGAUCAUUACCACUUAGUUCCCUAAUUCAUGUCUUACGAAGCCUUACUCCUAAUGCAAGGGGGAUUUUCAGGCUACUAAUAAAGUAUCAGCUGGAUAACCUGGAUAACCCUUCUUACAUUGGACUUUCUUUUCAAGACUUUUACCAACAGUGUCGAGAGGCAUUCCUGGUCAAUAGUGAUCUGACACUUCGGGCCCAGUUAACUGAAUUUAGGGACCACAAACUUAUAAGAACAAAAAAGGGAACUGAUGGAGUGGAAUAUUUAUUAAUUCCUGUGGACAAUGGAACACUGAGAGAUUUCCUGGAAAGGGAAGAAGAAGAGUCUUGAAGUUAUCCCUUUCUCUUGAAUCUUUUGUGGAAGGGUUGUACCCCAGCUGCCACUCCUCUAAAGUGUUUACAUCUAACAUUAGACUCUUUUCCAGUGUACAAGACUUAAAGUUGGGAGGGGGGAAUGUCAUCAAUUAGAACCUUGAUUAGCCUGGCUGGUGUAUCAUCUCUAGUACUAUGCAUUGGUCCUCGAGUUGGGAGAAAACGUGCCUUUCAUUCAUUACCUCUCUGGAGACUUCGUGCUGGAAUGAACUGUGUGCUCAGGGACUAUUUGGAGCUGGAUGUUUUUGAUUUAUUUUAUACUAGAGAGGAUAUUAUUCCUAAUUUUUUGAGGGCCUUUUAAACACUCCCAGAGCUGUUUGCAGAUGUGUUUGUGCCAGAGUGUGGAAGUACAAAAACACUGGCAUCACAUAAACCUAUUUCUUUAUUUGCUGUUGUCUGAGCUGAUGAGGGCAGAUCAUCUUACUGUUUUUGGUGGGCUUAACAAAAGGGAUGCGUACGAGUAGGUGAUCUAGCUUUCUCCUUUUGGAGUUAGACAAUAUCCUGGGAGGAUGGGGAGGAGAGGGCAUGACCCUGUUCAGUGGAGAUAGAGGGAAAAGCAUAAUGAGUGUAGAGGGUGCAUACCCACCUUAGAAAGCACAUGAACAAUAAUCAUGAUCCCUGGAACAGCUAACAUCUGUGCCAUCACCUUCAUGACACAGCCAGGCUACAGAAACACAGUCCUGAGUUACAUUUUAGUUGUUGUUUUGAAGACAACAAAAAAUAAAAUUUUAAUUAUUCUUGUAGUGACAGUUUUUCUUCAAUAACGUGCAAGUGAGUAGCAUAUUAAUGGCUGAUUUUAAUCUUGAUUUCUCUAGAUUAAGUAGACCCAAAACUUACUUUAACAAAAAAAAAACUGAAAUGUCUUACAGUAACAGUUUCAAGCCCUCUACAUUUUUUUUAAAGCCCUCUACAUAUUUACCAAGCUUUUUUCCUGAAGAAAGAGAAAAAGGCUAACCUUGGGCACUGGUCAGCUUAUAGUCUUUACAUACUCUCUAAAAUACUUCAUACUUGGAAAUGAAAUUCUUCAUUAAAAUAUCACCAAAAUAAGUGAGAGCUGCGGAUGCAGUAAACUUUAUCUUGUAAACCCCUUUCAUGAAACUUUCCCAAAAUGCUCCGAAUUUAAGUCAUUUCUCUUUGUGGCAUAUGAUUAAUUUGGUUAAGUCCAUGUAUGAGGGUUUGUUUAGUCUUACAUAUAAUCAAAAUAUUUAAACUAGUACAUAAAUUUGAUUCUAAAAUUGUUACCAAAGGAUAUUCAAUGAAAAGUGAGUUUCCUUCCCCUUCACCGAUCCAGUCCCUUACACAACCAGUGAUAGUUUAUUCCUCCAGAGGUAUUCUAUGCACAUGGAAGGGUGUGUCUAUAUCUCCUUUUAAAAACACAAAUGGUAGCAUAUGAUACACACAAAUGGUAGCAUAUGAUACGUGCUCGUUUGCACCUUGCUUUUUUUGCUUAAUAUAUCUAGUUUAUAACUUAUAACAAAGUAUAUAAAAUCUUUAAAUGACCUAAUAUGCAAAUUUUGCAUUCACCCUUAAAUAUCUACUGGUUUAUUUUUAUAAUUUUUGUGUCCAUACUAUUUGCAAGCAGUAUGUAUCAACAGUCUUAUUAAUAAAUAAAAAGCCAAUUUGGAUAGAA